AUGAAGCCCACCUGGUAUCUAGCAGCCGUCGCGGCCAUCACCGCAGCCACUGCUUCUCCGCACCCCGCAUAUCAGCAACAACCGCUCGGCAAUUCACCCUCGUUCGCCGAGGAAGUCAGCCAGAGCCAUGGGCAAUCCAGUGUAGACUCUAUUAUUUCCAAUGACCCGCUUCUAUCGUUCCACCGUGACUUGGUCGAGAUCGAGUCUAUCUCCGGCAACGAGCACAACAUCGGCAUCUUCGUUGCGGAGUAUCUCGAAUCGAAGAACUUCACCGUCAUCAAGCAAGAGGUCGAACCCGUGAAGAAAGAUGACGACAAUGACGACGAUAACGAACGCCCGAAGACUAGAUACAACAUCUACGCCUACCCCUCAGGCUACUCAUCACCACCCUCAAUCCUCGUCACCAGCCACAUCGACACCGUCCCACCCUUCAUCCCAUACUCAGUUCACAAGGACCCCUCCUCCUCCUCAAUCUCAAACCUCAAAAUCGCCGGCCGCGGCUCCGUAGACGCAAAAGGCUCCGUCGCAGCCCAAGUCUUCGCCGUCCUAGAAACCCUCUCCGAAACCCCAACCGCAAACAUCGCCCUCCUCUUCGUCGUCGGCGAAGAAAUCGGCGGCGACGGCAUGAAGACUUUCUCAGACUCAUCCCUGAACACAAAAAACGCCUACAACACCGUCAUCUUCGGCGAACCAACCGAAUCCUCCCUCGUCUCGGGCCACAAGGGCAUGCUAGGCUUCAAAGUCUUCGCGCACGGCAAAGCCGCUCACUCGGGCUAUCCCUGGCUAGGCGAAAGCGCCGUCUCAUCGAUUCUCCCCGCACUGCUGCGCGUCGAUAAACUAGGCAAAAUCCCCGUCAGCGAAGGCGGUCUCCCCGCUUCACCGAAGUAUGGGCCCACAACGCUGAAUGUUGGCGUUGUUCGUGCUGGUGUCGCGACGAAUGUCGUGCCUGCUGAGGCGAUGGCUGAUGUCUCUGUUCGUUUGGCGGCUGGUACGCCUGAACAAGCGCGGGAAAUUAUCAAGAAGGCUGUGGCUGAUGCUACCUCUGAUGCUGAGGCGGAGGUUGUUGUUGACUUUGAUAGUCAUCGGGAGUCGUACUCACCUCAGGAUCUCGAUACGGAUGUCGAUGGGUUUAAGGUUAUUCCGGUCAACUAUGGGACUGAUGUUCCUAAUCUAAAGGUUCGGGAUGGCGUUAAGCGGUACCUUUAUGGGCCUGGUAGUAUCUUUGUUGCGCAUGGUGAUAAUGAGGCUCUUACUGUGCGUGAUAUUAAGGAUGCUGUUACUGGGUUCAAGGUUUUGAUUCGCGCUGCCUUGGAUAGAGAGUGA